AUGUCUUCAAAAUCCUCUGCCCGAGGCCUCUUUAAGGAGUUCGGGAGAAAGGAAGAGGAGGGGAUCGGGGCGCAGAAUAACGGAAAAACACCACAAAACCCUGCCGACACGCCCAUGGUAUCGCAGCUCGAACGUAAAGCGGAAACUUGGAUGACUAGCGACCCGUCCCAUCUUCGGAAUCCGAACGACGGCCAUCCUAUUGAGCCUCAAGCAAGCGAGCAGGCCAAGCCGACUGUCCAGUAUACACGCUCUGCAUUACCCACGACUUCCAUAGUCCACAAUCCCAGUCAAAACGAUUCCCCAAGGCCCUCUGCGCCUGGGACGACUGGCGAGCACACGAAUUCGCAGGCGCCACGCAAACAGAGAUAUAGGCUCAGCCUCACUAGUCUGAGCAUUCAGUUUUCCAAGUCGCCCGAACCUUACGAGUACGCUCCUCUACCAAGAGGAAAAUACACCCGAUACCUAGUCCUACAACCCGGAAAGGACAAGGAAGCCCUCUUGUGCCAUCUUCACACUUGUACGCUCACGGACUUAUCGGAGGUUGAGAUCAUCUCCUACGUAUGGGGUAGCAGCAACAAGACCAAGCGGCUGUGGUGUGCCGGAAAGACUAUCCCCAUCACAGUGAAUUUGUGGGAUGUGCUCAGACGGGUUCGAUUACCGGAUGCACCAAGAACGCUGUGGGCAGACUCGAUCUGCAUUAACCAGGAAGACCCGAAAGAGAAAAGCGAGCAGGUCGCGCUCAUGGGCCUCAUCUUCGGGGGGGCCAAAAGAACCCUAAUCUGCCUCGGCCCAGACAAUGGACAAGGCAGCCUUGUGGAAUCUCUGCUAGGCGACGUCAACCAGAUGAUUCAACAGUUCGGCUCUUGGGAUCAAAUACCACCCCUAGGCCAGGACGACCCCAUGGCCAAGGAUCCUAGAUGGGGCUUUCUCGGCAACAUGAUCGUCUCGCCAUGGUUCAGCCGUGUCUGGGUGGUGCAAGAGGCUGCUCUCUCUAGAGAUGCCCGUGUUCUGUACGGCUCGACGGCGUUCCCGUGGCCGGAUUUGGUCCGAGUUCACUUUUGGCUCCUCCACAAAGCCCAAUUCCUAUCCGGUCUUUGGAACAGAGACCGGCCAGACUCGGAAAACUUUGUUGCGUUUCUAGCCCGGGCAAAGCGUCUUCGGUGUUCAGAUGCCAGAGAUAGGGUCUAUGCGUUUCUCGGACUACGCAUGGCCCAGGUUGGUCUUGGAAGUGGCCCGAUUGUGGUGCCAGAUUAUCAAAAGCCGAAUGAUGAAGCAUUCCAUGAGCUGGCGCUCGAAUUUCUCAAGCAUACGAAUGACCUAUGUAUUCUGUCAGCAGUGGAUCACACUUCCGAGACGCUCAAAUCCGACCUACCAUCUUGGGUUCCCAGAUGGGACUACGUUGCUUCCACUGACCAGUUUGGUCUUCAUGAUGUGCCAUACAACGCAUCACGAGGGAUGAAGCCGACAAAGCUUAGCUUCGUCUCCUCGGCAGGCUUGAGGCUUCGUGGGCUUAUCCUCGACCGAAUUCACUUCCGAUCCAAGGCCCUUCCCAAGGGUUUGCCUACGGCUCUGUGUACUCUUUGGGAAGGGUUUUCUCUGCAGAACCAGAAUUCGCUGACGAUCCUGUGGAAAGUUGUACCUUUGCCUCUACAGAAUCUGUUAGUUCUACUUGCAGAACGGAUUCCCGACAAGAACAAGGAUUUUUUGGUCAAUCUUUGGAUAUACCUAGCCAAGACGAGGCAUAAAUCCGCAUACGAUGAUGGCGAGCGUCUGCUUGCCUUUAUCAAGACGCUGCGGCGGGGAGCACACGAGGGCCGUUGGGCCUUGACGGCGGAUGAAGCGGCGUUUUGUCUGAGGCUUUGCAGGAAGAGCGCCUCUCUCGGCUACGCGAACAUGGCUGAGAUAGAACAGGUAGCGCAAGGCAGUGAUGGCAGAGAUUUCAGACUUCAUACGAGUGCGUGGUGUACGGGUCGGAGGUUUAUCCUCACAAGCAACGGCUACUAUGGGCUCGCUCCCGAGGCUGCCGAGGAAGGAGAUGUUUGCUGCAUCAUUCCUGGUUUGAGGGUUCCUGUCAUACUGAGAGGGAUGAAUAAAGAACAACACUACAGACUGGUUGGAGAAGCGUUCAUCUUUGGCUUGAUGGAAGGCCAGGGUAUUGCUAACAGGGAAAAUUGGGGUUUGAAAGAGGAAGAUGUCAUCUUGUGCUGA